AUGAACUUGGACAGGAUCAUUUUUCAGCUGCAACAGAGGCUUGACUACACUGAAGACAUUCAGAAGGCGGGCGGAAAGGAAGAAAGCACUCGUGUGAUCCAGAUAACUCAGGGGGUGUUGCAACAACACCCCGGCAAUGGAAAGAAAGGGCCACUUAUUCGAAGAAAGACGCCGAGGUCAGGUUCCAGCUCCUGCAGAGGAAGUGGGGAAGAAUCUCACAAAAGGAAACGUGUACUACAUUGUGAAGUUCAGGUUGCGAAACUGAAGAGAAACGAGCUGAGGUGCCUUCUAGAGGAAGGGAAUCAUCGCUUCAAGUCGCUGGAUAGGAACAACGGUGUCCAGGGCGAACGGAACGACCAGUUGGAAGAUGAGGUUCGACAGCUGCGAGGAGCGAAGGAGAAUCGGUUUGACAGCUCAAGAACCACCAGGGAAAUUACAGAUGCCUGGAAACUGAAGGAGCAGCUGUCCAUGUUCAAGAAUGGGACGGCGGGCAAGGCCCGCCAGCCCAGCGUCCCGGGCGGGACGGGCCCGCCAAGAGUCCCGGGAGGGCGGGCCUCCGCCUGCCAGGCGUCCCGGGUAACGGGUCGGGCCUCCCGCCCGCCAGGCGUCCGGGGACGGGGAGGGCUGGGCCCUCCGCCCGCCAGGAGUCCCGGGGACCGGCGGGGCCCCUCCGUCCGCGCCAGGCGUCCCUGGGGGACCGGCGGGUACCUCCGCCGCCAGGCGUCCCGGGGCACGGGAGGGCCUCCGCCCGCCAGGCGUCCCGGGCCGGGGACCGGAGGGCGUCCCUGCCCGCUGGGGGGGGGGGGAGGGGCCGUCCCGGGGACCGGCGGGGCCCCGCCGGCGCCUACGAUCCGUCCGGGGACCGGCGGGCCUCCAGUCCGCCCAGGCGUACCCGGGGACCGGCAGGGUCCUCCGCCGCCAGGCGUCCCCCCAGGGACCGGCCGGGCCUCCCGCCCGGCCAGGCGUCCCGGGGAACCGGCAGGCCCCUCGCCCCCCGCCAGGCCGGUCCCGGGGGACCUGGCGGGCCAUCCGUCCUGCCAGGCGUCCCGGGGAACCGGCCGGGCGUGCCGCCCGCCAGGCGUCCCGGACGGGGGGGACCCGGCGGGCUUCCGCCCGCCAGGCAUCCCGGUGGACGGCGGCGGGCCUCCGCCCGCCAGGCGUCCCGGGGGCACCUCGGCGGGCCUCUUGCCCGCCAGGCUGUCCCGGGGACCGGGGGUCGGGUCCCCGGGGACCCGGGGACCUGGGCGGGCGGUCCCCGGGGACUGGCGGGCGGUCCCGGGGAACCGGCGGGCGGUCCCGGGGACCAGCGGCCUCCCCGCCCGCCAGGGUCACGGUAGGGGACCCGGGCGGGCCUCCGUCCCCGCCCCAGGCGUUUCACGGCCCGGGGACGGGCGGGCCUCCGCCCGGCCAGGGCGUCCCGGGGACCGGCCGGGCCUCCGCCCGACCCAGGCGUCCCGGGGACCGGCGGGCCUAACCGCCCGCCAGGCGUUCCCGGGGACCGGAGGGGCGUCCGCCCGCCAGGCGUCCCGGGGACCGGCGGGCCUUCCCGCCCCGCCAGACGUUUUUUUUUCACCCGGGGGAACGGCCGGGCGGGCCAUCCAGUCCGCCAGGCGUCCCCGGGGGGACCCCCCACCCCCCCCCACACCCCAACCCCUCCACCCACAGGGGGCCUCCCGCCCGCCAGGCCGUCCCCAGGGACCGGCGGGGCCUCCGACCCGCCAGGCGUCCCGGGGAGGGGAACCGGCGGGCCUCCGCCCCGCCAGGCCGGUCCCGGGGACCGGCGGCCCCCGCCCGCCAAGGCUGUCCCGGGGAACCGGCGGGCCCUCCGUCCCGCCAGGCGUCCCCGGGGGGGACCGGGCGGGCCGUCCGUCCCGACCAGGCGGCGUCUCCCGGGGGACCGGAGGGCGGGCCGACCGCCCCCAAGGCGUUCCCGGGGACCGGCGGGGCCUUCCGACCCGCCAGGAGUACCCGGGGACCCGGGGGCCGGGCCCCGCCGCCAGGCCGUCCCGGGGACCGGCGGGCGGGACUCCGCCCCACCGACAGCGUCCCGGGGACCGUGGCGGGGCCUCCUGCCCGCAAGGCGUCCCAGGGGACCGGCGGGGCGGUCCCGGGGACCAGGCGGGCCUCCGCCCGCCAGGCAUCCGGGGACCGGCCGGGCCUCCGUCCCGGGCAGGGUCCCGGGGACGGGCGGGGCCUACCCGGGACCGCCCAGGCGUCCCGGGGACCGGCGGGCCUCCAGCCCGCCAGGCAUCCCGGGGACCGGCGGGGACUCCGCCACCCCCAGGCGUCCCGGGACCGGCCCCCGAGGGCUUCUGCCCGCCAGGCCCCCGUCCCGGGGACCGGCCGGGCUCUGCCCGCCAGGCGUCCCGGGGACCGGGCGGGCCGGUCCGACAAGGGGACCAGCGGGCCUCGCCGGCCAGGCAUCCCGGGGACCGGCCGGGCCUCCGUCCCGCCAGGCGUCCGGGGACCGGGCGGGCCUCCGCCCGCCAGUUGGCGUACCCGGGGACCGGCGGGCCUCCGACCGCCAGGCCGUCCAGGGGACCGGAGGGCCUCCGCCCGGGCAGGCCGGUCCGGGGACCGGUGGGCCUUUCGCCCGCCAUGGCGUUUCCCGGGGAGCCGGCUGGGCCUCCGUCCCGGGCCACCACGGUCCCGCGGACCGGGGGCCCUCCGCCCGACCAGGCGGUCCCGGGGACGGGCGGGCUUCCCGGCCCGCCAGGCCGGCCCGGGGACCCGGCCGGGCCUCCGCCCGCCAGGCGUCACCCGGGGACCGGGGCGGGCCUCCGCACCGCCAGGCGUCCCCAGGGGACCCGGCGAGGGCCUCCGUCCCGCCAGGGCUCCGUCCCGGGGACCGGCGGUCCUCCGACCCGCCAGGCGUCCCUGGGGAACCGGCGGGCCUCCUGCCCGCCAGGCGUCCCGGGGACCGGGCUGGGCCGGAUCCACCGGGGACCGGAGGGCGGUCCCGGGGAAUGCCGGCGGGCCGGUUCCCGGGGACCCGGCCGGGCUGUCACCCGGGGACCAGGCGGGCCUCGCCCGCCAGGCUUCCCGGGGCCGACCGGCGGGCCUCGUCCCGGGGCCAGGCCGGUCCUCGGGGACGGGCGGGCCUCCCGCCCGCCCAGUCGUCCCGGGGACCGGCGGGGCCUCCGCCCGCCAGGCGUUCCCCCAGGGGACCGGCCGGCGGGCCCUUCCGUCCCGCCAGGCGUCCGGGGGACCGGCGGGCCGUCCCGCACCCGCCAGGCCGUACCCGGAGGGACCGGCGGGCCUUCCUGCCCACCCGCCAGGACGUCCCGGGGAGGGCCCGGGGACCGGCGGGGCCUCCGGUUCCGCCCAGGGGAGUCCCGGGGGACCGGCGGGCCUCCAGGCACGCCAGGGGCGUCCGGGACCGGGCGGCCUACCGCCCGGGGCCCAGGCCGUACCAGGGGACCGGCGGGCCUACGCCCGGGCCAGGCGUCCAGUGGGAAACCGGCAGGGCCCUCCGCCCGCCAGGCGUCCCGCGGGGACGGGCGGGCCUCCGCCGCCCAAGGCGUCCCGGGGAGGGGAACCCAGGGCGGCGCCUGCCAGGGGACGUCCCGAGGGGAGGCGGGGGGGCCUCCCGACCCCCCACGACCAGGCGCCGGGGAUCCCGGGGCCGCGGCCUCCGACCGCAGGGUCCGGGGACCAGGCCGGGCCUCGGGCCCGCAGGCGUCCCGCCGGGGUGGUACCGGCGGGCCUCCGGCCCGCCCAGGGCGUCCCGGGGACCCCGGAGGGCCCUCCGACGCCAGGCGUCUCGGGGGAUCCCGGCGGGCCUCCGCGCCAGCAGUCCCGGGGGAACCCGCGGGCCUCCGCCCCGGGCCAGGCGGGGUCCACCUCCGGGGACCGGGCGGGCCUCCGCCCGCCCAGGCGUCCCAGGGGACCGCCCGCCACUCCCACUUGCCCACCCGCCAGGGCGGUCGGGGGAACCCGGCGGGCCUGGGCCGCCAGGGCCCAGGGCGUCCCGGGGACCGGGGACCCGGGGCAAUCCCUCGCCCACCCAGCCAGGCGGGUCCCGGGGACCGGCGGGCCUCCGCCCGCCAGGCGUCCCGGGGACCCGGCCGCGGGCCUCCGCCCGCCCAGGCGUCCAGGGGACCGGGGAGGGGCCUCCGGGGACCCGACAGGGGAGGGUCCCGGGGGACCGGCGGGCCUCGGGGAUCCGCCCCAGCCCGUUCCAGGGGACCGGCCCGGGCCUCCGCCCGAACAGGGAGUCCCAGGGACCCGGAAGGGCCUUACCGCCCGAAAGGCGUCCCGGGCGGCGGGACCUCCGCCCGCCAGGCAUCACGGGAACGGCGGGGCCUCCGCCCGCCAGGCGUCCCCCAGGGACCCGGCGGGCCUCCGCCCGCCAGGCGUCCCGGGAACGGCGGGCCUCCGCGCCCGCCAGGCGUUUCCCCGGGGACGGUGAAUGGUUGUAUUGUUACGAUUUGUUACACUAUAUCGUCGUUAACAUAG